CCCGGCAUCAUUCCUGCUGCUCGCGCAUCCUUCCCGCUGCCCCCGGCCAGUUCCCGGAGGCUGCUGCCCCUCGCUGACAGUCCCGGGAUCCCGGAGCUCCGCUCCGCCGGGCACGGCGCGGCUCCGCCCCGCUCGGGAGGCGGCCGAAGGUUGUUUUGGCCGCCCUUUGGAGCUGGGAGCGCUCCGAUCCCGCCGCCAUUGCUUCCUCGUCCUGAGCGUCCUUCCCAGGCAGGGCUGCAGCUCCCGCUGGAGGUGCCGGUGGCCGGGUUUUAGGGAGCGAUGACGACGGUGCGGAGAGAGGCGUUCGGGCGGAUGCCCCCGGAGCAAGGAGGCGGAGAGGUGGAGAAGUUCGUCUUACAGUCGGACAGCGUGAGAGUGGAGAUCCUGUCUUUUGGGUGCAUCAUCACGACUCUGGAGACAAAAGACAGGGAUGGGAAAUUUUCAGAUAUUGUCCUAGGAUUUGACACUUUAGAAGGUUACACGAGGAAGCACCCGUUCUUCGGUGCUGUCGUGGGCCGCGUUGCCAACAGGAUUGCGAACGGGAGGUUCAGCCUGGACGGGAAGGAGUAUCAGCUGUUCAUCAACAAUGGGCCCAACAGCCUGCAUGGAGGAGCCAAGGGAUUUGACAAGGUUCUCUGGAGCCCCCAGGUGCUCCCGAACGGCGUCCGCUUCUUCCGGCUCAGCCCCGAUGGUGAGGAGGGCUACCCCGGUGACCUCAAAGUCUGGGUCACCUACACCCUCAGUGGCAGGGAGCUGGCCAUCAACUACCUGGCCCAGACCAACAAGACAACUCCCAUCAGCCUGACAAACCACGCGUACUUCAACCUGGCGGGGCAGGGCUCCAGGGAUGUCUAUGACCACGAGAUCUCCAUUGAAGCAGAUUCCUACCUGCCUGUGGACGACACCAAGAUCCCUACUGGGGAGGUGGCCGCCGUGCAGGGCACUGGAUUCGAUCUCCGGCAGCCUGUGGAGCUGGGCAAGCACUUGCAGAAGUUUCAUCUGGAUGGCUUCGACCACAACUUCUGCCUGCACCAGGGGCAGGACCGACGCCUCGUGGCCAGGGUUUUCCACCCGCCCAGCGGCAGGACCAUGGAGGUUCACACCACCCAGCCCGGCAUUCAGUUUUACACCGGGAACAACCUGGAUGGCUCCCUGAAGGGCAAAGGCGCUGCCACGUACCCCAAGCACUCGGCUUUCUGCCUGGAAACCCAGAACUGGCCCGAUGCUGUUAACAAGCCUCACUUCCCCAAGGUCCUGCUCCAUCCGGGUGAGGAAUACAACCACACCACGUGGCUCGUGUUCAACACUGCUUGAGGAGAAGGGCUGCUGACUCCCACAACUGAGAGGGGACUUGCACUUCGUUGAGGGCUUCCUGAUGGUGAACGACUGAAAGGAAAAGAAUCCACAAUUAACUUUUCAGUAGCUGUUGGGAAUCACAGGAAAUACAGGAAAAAGCAACAGGAAUACACCCAGACUCUGAUUCCCUUUAAGGACUCUUAAAAUAAAAUAGCCAGUCACUAUUGACAAAAGCAAACGAGUUGAUGAUCUGGAGAUAACACUUUUCUUCUUUACUGUUAUUUUUAAAAUGAGAUCACUGUAAGGCCAUCUAGAGGAUAUUACUUAUAGUUGCCUCCAAAGGAGCCAGAUAUUUCUUCACUGUUCUGAUACAGCAGCUUGUCAAAACCUAUCAUCAAGAUCACUCAGCAUUUAUGAGGACUUACUCAUGCCCUUGUGAUUGAUUGACACUAAAGCUGUAAAAAUGAACUAUUAAAGAAUUCUAAUUAGGGAAAAAAUGCUGCUGAUUCUGUCACCACAUAUUCUACACAUUACUCUGUGCAACACAGAGAGAGAAAACUAUUUACUGACUUACUGGAAAAGAAAAAGAUAAUCUAACAGCAGUGAACGUAACAGGCUUGAUUUUCCAUUUCCAUUCCUGCUGUGCCAGGUUACUCCCCUCUACCUUCCCCCCAAUGUCAAUGUAGCUUUUAAUGAGACUGAAAGCUGAUUUCCUCCAUUUAUUCAGUGCUUGAAGCUCACCAGUCUCUGUGAAAUAAAACUGUCAGUGAACCAAAAGGGGAGCAAAAGCAAGACACUGCUACAAAACCCUGAGAAUUUAUCACCACAUAUACGUAUUACCAUAUAGAAAGCCACAACCACAGCAUCAUUGCUGUGAAAGAGAUCUCAGAAAAAUACCUUUCCAGUAUUUUCCUACAAGCAGCAGUCAAACUCCUCAGCAGAGACCAGUGCAGAUACUAAAAUGCCAGCUCUACAGGGUCUAUGCUAUUAGU